AUGAGGGAUGAAAUCUGCAAGAAAAACAAGGUUUCAUGGCCUAAAACACUCAAGAAAUGGUUCAGUGUCAAGAACAAAGCACAAGAUUUCCAUGCAGAUGACUUCAAUUAUGGAGGUGGAUAUGAAGGAUGGAGGAACAAUUUCUCAGAAAAAGAAGCAUCAUCCACCAUCAAGAAAAGCAGAAGAACAGAAAGAUCGAGCGAGACGAAUGCGGAUUUUCUUCGAACAAAUAAAAUUGAUCCCGAUCUUGCCCAAGUGAUCAAGGAUGUUAAUAACUAUAGGAUCUUCGUAGCUACGUGGAAUGUGGCGGGAAAAUCUCCGACGGGUAGUUUGAAUCUUGAAGAUUGGUUAGACAGUUCACCUCCUGCCGAUAUCUACGUUCUUGGGUUUCAAGAAAUCGUCCCUCUAAAUGCCGGAAACGUACUCGGAACAGAAGACAACGGCCCGGCUAAAAAAUGGCUAGCACUCAUUCGGAAAACGCUAAAUAGUCUUCCGGGAACCAGUGGCGGAUUUCAAUUCCAUCCCCCUUCACCAAUUCCCGAUCCGGUAAUCGAUUCAGAUUCAGAUUUUGCAGGAUUAGUAGCGCAAAAAACCUCAUCUUUCCUCCACCGUCGUUCUUUCCAAUCACUUAGCCGCAGCAUGAGGAUGAUGGAGAGCGAUAUGGCAAUGCCAAAUCUCCGAUUCGAGCACCGAUAUAGUAUCUGCGAUCCCAUUGAUUAUGAUCGGAGCCUAAGAUGGGGUAUCGGGUCUUCAGAUGAAGAAAACGGGCCGGAUGGUUCACCUAGUAGCAUAAAUUACUCGCAAAUACCGUAUAGCGGAUCUUUCUCGAUGGAGGAAAGAGAUAAACAAACGGAAAACUCUAGGUAUUGUUUGGUAGCGAGUAAGCAAAUGGUCGGGAUAUAUUUAACGAUAUGGGUAAAGAGCGAUCUUAGAGAUAACGUUCGUAAUAUGAAAGUGUCGUGUGUCGGUAGAGGAUUGAUGGGUUAUCUCGGAAAUAAGGGUUCAAUAUCGAUUAGCAUGUCGUUUGGUGAAACGAGCUUUUGCUUCGUUUGUAGUCAUUUGACGUCAGGUCAAAAGGAAGGCGACGAGCUCAGAAGAAACUCGGACGUGAUGGAAAUCUUGAGGAAAACUCGGUUUUUAAGUCUUGAAGAGACGGGAGAUGAGAACACUCCUCAAACGAUUCUCGAGCAUGAUCGAGUUAUAUGGCUUGGCGACUUAAAUUACCGAAUUGCCCUGUCGCACCGGUCUGCCAAGGCCUUGGUCGAGAUGCGAAACUGGAGGGCUUUGUUGGAAAAUGACCAGCUUCGGAUGGAGCGUAAAAGGGGACGCGUAUUCGAGGGAUGGAACGAAGGGAACAUAUAUUUCCCUCCAACGUAUAAAUAUUCGAACAAUUCCGAUCGAUAUGCAGGAUACAAUAUGCAUCCCCGAGAAAAACGAAGAACUCCCGCAUGGUGUGAUCGGAUCUUGUGGUAUGGCAACGGACUCCAUCAAUUGUCUUACGUUCGAGGGGAGUCGAGAUUUUCAGAUCAUAGACCGGUGUACAGUAUAUUUCUAGCAGAAGUCGAAUCUAUUAACCGUAACCAAUUCAAGAAGAACAUUAGUUAUUCUUCGAGAAUCCAGAUCGAAGAGUUGUUACCGUUUUCACGUAGCAUAUACAAACUUAAUAUUUUCAUACAAAUCAAUUAUCAUGAGAUUAUCAUCUUUAUCUCCAAGCAUUGA